GAAUCCGCCAUGGCCCUGCCAUUGCCAUAUAUAAACUCGGCUAGCCCUGCUCACCACCACCACCCACCCCACACCCAACGGUUACAUGAUCCCACGUCCUCGCGCGGCGUGGUCGCACUGCUACGGCACCGCCCAACGCCAUCCUUGCCUCCUCCUCUUCCUUCCUCGCCCCGUCCUUUCCUGGUGGUAGGCCGGCCUCCCCUCCUCAUGGCCGUGCACGCCCAGUACGCCGCCCACGCCUUCCCCCAUGACCCCCGCGCUGUCACCACAAGGUCACCGUUGGACGACGCGAUGAUGAGCGCCUCGGCGUUCCUCGGAGAUCCCGGCGCCGGCGCCGGCGGCCACCCGCUCGCCGCCGCGGUGGGCGGCAACACGGCGUUCAGCGGCCUCACCACCUGCAUGAUCAACAACAGCAACGGCGACGCCGGUUUCCCCGGGCCGUCGAGGAAGCGCGCCCGGGUGGGCGACGCGGCCGGCGCGGGGCCUAUCGCGGACCCGCAAGGCCAUGGCUACCGCGCUCUGCUCCCGCCGGUGCCGCAGGCGUUCGCGCCCGCAGGCGACGUGCAGAGCAGGUUGAUCUGCUCUGGCGCCGCGUCCACCAGCGGCCGCCCGGCGACCCUCGCCGCCCUCGCGCCGGCGUCGCAGGGCCUCCUCUCCCUCCUCUACCGCCACGCCGUCGAGACGGGCGCGCUCAUCCGUAUCGAGAGCGAGAGGCUGCGGGCGGGGCUGCAGGAGGCGCGGCGCCGGCACGUCCGGGCGGUGGUGUCGGCGGCGGGGUGCGCGGCGGCGCGGCGCCUGCGGGCGGCGGAAGCCGAGCUGGGGUGCGCCGUGGCGCGCAACGCGGAGCUCGACGAGAGGCUCCGGCAGACGGCCGCCGAGGCCCGCGCGUGGCAGGACGUCGCCAGGGGCCACGAGGCCGUCGCGGCGGGCCUCCGCGCCACGCUCGACGGCCUCGCGCGGUCGACGCCGCCGCCGCGCGCCGAGGGCAACGGCGACGGCGACGCCGAGGACGCGGAGUCGUGCUGCUUCGAGCAGGAGGAGGAGAAGAUGGGGGAGGAGGACGCGGCGGAGGCGUCCGGGCCCGGCGGGGCGAGGGCGGCGUGCAGGGCGUGCGGCGCGGCGGGCGCGUGCGUGCUGCUGCUGCCGUGCCGGCACCUGUGCCUCUGCCGCGGGUGCGAGGCCGGCGCCGAGGCGUGCCCCGUGUGCGCGGCCGCCAAGAACGCCUCGCUCCACGUCCUCCUGCCAUGACCACACGUCCCCGAUGGCUGUGCAUCCAUCUCCCGAUCCAAGACGGUGCCAUCGGCGCGUCGGUUCGGAGUCGUCAGGGAAGAGAUUUGCAUUGCGCGAGGAAACUGUCCACGCAGCCUGGAUGAAGGCCAUGGAUGACGAAGGCACGUAGAAAUCAAGAUUGGAGUCUGGCUUUGCUGGUCAUCGCUCCGAUCGAGCGGACGUCAACACUGGUGGUGGUACGGGAAACGACGCAGGAAAUAAAGGCGAUCGCCGAGUGGUUGAAGCAAACGCCCGUAGAAAGACGAGAGCUUGAGUACGUGCACACUACGAGCCAAACGGCCGGCUACAUGGAACAAGAACUAGAAUUUUUCUAGGAAAAUUAGUAGGAGUAGAGUGCUGCCAAGCCUCAACUUGUAGAGAUACUAUACUACGUAAUCUUCUUAUUCUUCUCCGUGGCAAGGCAAGAUGAGACUGUCAAUAGUUUUCGAAUUCCAAAGUUUCUGCUGAGACAGAGUUUCAGAGUUAA